GAGCCGCUGGACGGCGAGUCGGAGGGACCGGGAGGGCUGGGGGCGGGGACCGGGGGUAAGGGCGCCCCGACUCUCGUUAGCGGGUCGCGUGCUGAUAGCACGGGUGCGGCCCUUAUCAGCCAGCACCGGCUCCUCCCUCGCUUUCUCUCGGCCCCCUCCUGGGUGGGCCCUGCGCCCCGGGUGCCCCGAAAGCAGUCAGCGGCCGGGGCUGGAGCGCGCAUCCCGCGCAGCUUCCGGAGAGAGGGAUCCCCUGGCCAGCCUGUCCGCGUCGCCGCUCUCCCCCAGGUCCCAAUGGGCCGGACCGUGGUCGUGCUGGGCGGAGGCAUCAGCGGCUUGGCCGCCAGUUACUACCUGAGCCGGGCCCCCUGUCCCCCCAAGGUGGUCCUGGUGGAGGGCAGCGAGCAUCUGGGAGGCUGGAUCCGCUCCUUGCGCGGCCCAGACGGCGCUGUCUUUGAACUUGGACCUCGAGGAAUUCGGCCAGCAGGAGCGCUGGGCGCUCGGACCCUGCUCCUGCUUCUCCUCUGUCCGAGGACGUGUGGGGAGCAGGUGUCUGAGCUCGGCCUGGACUCCGAAGUGCUGCCCGUCCGGGGGGACCACCCUGCGGCCCGGAACCGGUUCCUGUACGUGGGCGGCGCCCUGCACGCGCUGCCCUCCGGCUUCAGGGGGCUACUCCGCCCUGUGCCUCCCUUCUCCAAACCUCUGUUUUGGGCUGGGCUGAAGGAGCUGACUGCACCCCGGGGCAAAGACCCUGACGAGACUGUGCACAGUUUUGCUGAGCGCCGCCUUGGACCUGAGGUGGCGUCUCUCGCCAUGGACAGCCUCUGCCGUGGAGUAUUUGCAGGCGACAGCCGGGAGCUCAGCAUCCGCUCUUGCUUUCCCAGUCUCUUCCAGGCGGAGCAAAGCCAUGGCUCCGUGUUACUGGGGCUGCUGCUGGGGGCAGGGCGGAGCCCACAGCCCGACUCAGCCAUCAUUCGCCAGGCCAGAGCUGAGCGCUGGAGCCAGUGGUCACUCCGUGGAGGACUGGAGAGGUUGCCUCAGGCACUUCACAGCCACCUGACUCGUAGGGGGAUCAGUGUUCUCAGAGGCCAGCCAGUCUGUGGGCUCAGCCUCCAGGCAGGAGGGCACUGGAAGGUGUCUCUAGCGGACUGCAGCCUGGAGGCUGACCAUGUCGUCAGUGCUAUUCCAGCUUCAGCGCUCGGCGCGCUGCUGCCUGCCGAGGCCUCACCACUGGCCGAAGUCCUGAGAACCAUCCGAGCGGUGUCUGUGGCUGUGGUGAAUCUGCAGUACCGCGGAGCUCGUCUGCCUGUCCAGGGGUUUGGACACUUGGUGCCGUCCUCGGAAGACCCAGGCGUCCUGGGGAUCGUCUACGACUCAGUUGCUUUCCCUGAGCAGGAUGGCAGCGCCCCCAGCCUCAGAGUGACUGUGAGGAGGCAGCUUGGCCCAGUGGGGGUUCCAGAGAGGUCCCCUGUGGCCCGGUGUUGGGGGCCAUGCUGCUCAGUGCCACAUGCUCCCCCAGGUGAUGCUGGGAGGUUCCUGGUUACAGACGCUCGAACCCGGAGGCUCCGGCCUAUCCCGGGACCUGCUCCAACGCCAGGCACAGGAAGCAGCUGCCACACAAUUAGGACUGAAGGGGCCACCAAGUCAUUGCUUGGUUCAUCUACACAGGAACUGCAUCCCCCAGUAUACACUAGGCCACUGGAAAAAACUGGAGUCAGCCACCCAGUUCCUGGCUGCUCACAGACUGCCCCUGACUCUGGCCGGAGCUUCCUAUUGGGGGGUCGCUGUCAAUGACUGUAUAGAGAGUGGACGCCAGGCAGCAGCCCAGGUCCUGGGCUCAGCACCCCAUAGCUGAUCCCCACUCCCAGCACCUGCCUGCUGGCGGGGAGUCUCUCACCCAUGACAAUAAAAGUUGCUGGAGGUUG